CUGCGAACGUUGAAGGGCAGUGGCUGUGGAAUUAGUGGCUUUGGUGAGAUUGGAAUCAUGGCAGGUUCAGAAACUGAUGCCCAAUUUCAGUUUACUGGUGUUAAAAAAUAUUUCAACUCUUAUACUCUCACAGGUAGAAUGAACUAUAUACUGGCCACAUAUGGAAGCAUUGCUUUGAUAAUUUUAUACUUCAAGUUAAGAUCUAAAAAAACUCCAGCUGUGAAAGCAACAUAAAUGGAUUCUAAACUGUACUUCAUCUAUCUAUUAAGUUUCCAUGCCUGGAGAAGCUAAUGUCACCUCAUCAUGUGAUACUCAAUUUGUACAAUAAAUCAUGAACAUGGAAAAAAAA